ACGCAACCAAACUCCCAAAAAUAAAAUAAAAAUAUAUAAUUUUCUCUCUCUUUCUUAUGUUUAUGUCUUCUUCUUCUUCUUCUCUCCAUCUCCUUCCAAAGUCUCUCUCUCUCUCUCUCUCUCUCUCUCUCUAUCUCCUUUCUCUCUCUCUCUCUACUUCCGACCACAUCGGGUCUCAGAAACCCAUUGAUGCCGACCUCGAUCUUUCUCCACUAGCUACAGAUCUACACCCUUAUACAAACCGUAUAUACAUACACACUUUGUAUCUCUCUGUAAAAUCUAUGGCCGCCGUCUCCUCUAACCCUCGCACCGUCGAAGAGAUCUUCAAGGAUUACACCGCUCGUCGCUCCGCCCUCCUCCGUGCUCUAACUAAAGAUGUUGAUGAUUUCUACUCUCAAUGCGAUCCGGAGAAGGAGAAUUUGUGUUUGUAUGGACAUCCGAAUGAGUCGUGGGAAGUGAAUCUACCGGCGGAGGAAGUUCCUCCUGAGCUUCCGGAGCCUGCGCUUGGUAUUAAUUUCGCUAGAGAUGGUAUGCAGAGGAAGGAUUGGCUCUCGCUUGUUGCUGUUCAUAGUGAUUGUUGGUUACUCUCUGUUUCUUUCUACUUUGGUGCUCGCCUUAACCGCAACGAGAGGAAGCGGGUGUUCAGUCUGAUCAACGAUCUCCCAACUCUCUUCGAUGUAGUGACUGGUAGGAAACCCAUCAAAGACAACAAGCCAAGCUCAGAUUCUGGAAGCAAAUCCAGAAACGGCACUAAGAGAUCAAUAGAAGGGCAGACAAAGAGUCCAACACCAAGACUGAUGGAAGAGAGCUACGAGGACGAGGAAGAAGAAGAAGACGAGCACGGAGACACUCUCUGCGGUAUCUGUGGAGGCAAUUAUACGCAAGAUGAGUUCUGGAUUUGCUGUGAUGUUUGUGAACGUUGGUACCAUGGAAAAUGCGUGAAGAUCACCCCUGCCAAAGCAGACAGCAUCAAGCAGUAUAAAUGCCCUCCUUGCUGUGCAAAGAAAGGAAGACAGUGAUUAUGAUCAUCAUCAUCUCCCUGAGAGACUGGUUCUCAUGUCUUAAUAUUAAUCAUCCUUUUUCUUGUUUCAUUAACCUUUUAAUUUCAAAGCAUACAAAAAACUCUCUCUUUAGAUCACCAGAAAGGGAUUCCAAGAAGUUGAGAGAGUGUAGCAACUGUUUGAGUAUUUUUAUUCAUAUAAGAGAAAACUUGUUUGUUCUGUCAAAUGUGUAAUGGGAUUUGUAUAUGUAGUCAUAUCUUAAAGCAUUGAACUUUACUUUGA